AUGAAAGACUUGGGGACACUUAAGUACUUCUUGGGUUUAGAAGUAGCUCGAUCUGCUGCUGGCAUAUCCAUUUGUCAAAGGAAAUAUGCCUUAGAGCUUCUGUCUAAUGCCGGAUAUUUGGGAUGCAAACCAGUUUCCAUUCCUAUGGAACCUAAUUUGAAGCUCUUUCAAUCUGAUGGGGAAUUACUUGCCGACCCGACAAGCUACAAAAGAUUGGUUGGUAAGCUCAUUUACCACACUAUCACCCGACCUGAUCUCAGUUAUUCCGUCAACCGCCUCAAACAAUUCUUGGCAACCCCCCGGACUACACAUCUCCAAGGAGCUAUACGUAUUUUACAAUACAUCAAAAAGACCCUAGGUCAAGGCCUUUUCUUCCCGUCCACGUCAACAAUCCAACUCAAGGCGUUCUCUGAUUCGGACUGGGGUACAUGUCCAGAUACCAGUCAUUCCCUUACCAGUUUUUGCAUAUUCCUUGGCUCCUCUCUAGUUUCUUGGAAAUCCAAGAAACAAUAG